AUGAUUAAAUUCCUCAAUGUUCCUAAUGCUUACGAUUUGGCGGACGUCAAGCAUGCUGAUUUUGCUGGCAUGUUCUGGACCUUUGCCAACGGCGAGACCUGGCUGACGCAUAACUCUAAACGUCUCUGGUUGAUUCCUAAUUACAACGACAAUUUGGAACGAAGCUCCGAUGCAGUCGACGAUUGGCCUGUCAUGGGACCCGAGGAGCUUCAUGAGGCACUUGCCGCGUUUCCCCUAUACGAAGAUCUCCUUGGAGACUUUGAGGCGGUGCUCGCACGCAACAACGCUGCCGAAGCUGAACCCGGUCAUCUUGAGAGCCGUGCCACCUGCAGCACGGCCAGAUGUCAUACCAGCGGCGAUUGCUAUCGGUAUAGCACAUCCAUUCUCAACUGCUACCGUUGCAACAACCACCGUUGCACAGUAAUGCACUUGCAGCCAAACUUUAUCGGAAAAGGGCCUAACCCUCACUAG